AUGAAGGAGUAUACCCUCCGAAGAAGUGUAGACUACCAUGUGUAUGAGUCGGAGCCGUUGAUAUUUUAUACGAAGUGUACACAGUACGGGUCAGGGUGUGAUUGGCUUAUCAAAGUUAGCAUGAUCAGCAGAAAGUACUGUUGGGUUAUUAGGAGGUACAACGGCAGUCACACUUGUACCAGAGCAACCAUUUCUCAGGAUCAUUCGAAGCUGGAUUCAAAUACAAUUGCAGAAGCCAUAAAGCCGUUGGUUGAGGCUGACCCCUCGUUAAAGGUAAAAUCAGUUAUUGCUGAAGUACAGUCGAAGUUCAACUACACCGUCAAUUAUUGGAAAGCUUGGUUGGCUAAGCAAAAGUCAGUUGAGAAAAUAUUUGGAGGUUGGGAAGCAUCGUACGAAGCGUUGCCCAUAUGGUUUGAGGCCAUGUGUCAUAAGGAGCCAUCAGUUGUCGUACAUUUUGAGACUAUGCCUACAUAUCAAGGGGAUGACUUGGUAACUGAUAUCCGAGUAUUGCAUCGAGUCUUCUGGAGCUAUUAUCUCUGCAUUAGAGUAUUCAGACAUUGUAAGGCAGUUGUCCAAGUGAACGGGACUCACUUGUACGGAAAGUAUAAGGGUUGCUUAUUAGUGACCGUUUCACAGGAUGGUAACAAUAAUAUCGUCCCGAUUGCAUUUGCUAUUGUCGAGGGAGAGACUUCUGAUGCGUGGCACUUUUUUCUUAGUAACCUGCAUGAACAUGUUGUGACUCGGGAUGGUGUCAGACUUAUAUCGGACCGAUAUGAGUCCAUAAAUGCAGCUGUAGAACGCAGUAACGGAGCUUGGUCACCUCAUAGAGCUUUUCACAUGUUUUGCAUCAGACAUAUAGAGUCGAACUUUCUAAGAAAAUUCAAGGCACCAUACCUUCAAAAGCUUGUCGUCAAUAUAGGUAACAUUAAGUUCUUCAAAGAUAUUCGAGGACGUUUCGCGAGUAUGAAGUGUGUUACCAGUGUUUAUGAGAGCGGGGCGAGGCGUACACUAACUGGUUAG